UUAAGAAAUGGGGCAGCAGCAAUCUGGUUUCGGUGGAAAGCGCGAGGAUCGAGGAGGUGGCGAUGCGGAUAAGGAAAAGAAACGAAAAUACGAGGCACCAGUUCCAACACGAAUAGGAAAACGCAAGAAGAAGGGGAAGGGCCCAGAUGCUGCCACAAAACUACCCACGGUAACGCCUCAUACUCGCUGUCGUUUGAAGCUGCUGAAGUAUGAGCGAAUCAAGGAUUAUCUAUUGAUGGAGCAAGAAUUGAUCCGAAAUCAGGAACGCCUGAAACCACAGGAAGAGAGACAAGAGGAAGAACGCAGUAAAGUAAAUGAUUUGCGUGGAACUCCAAUGGCUGUUGGAAAUUUGGAAGAAAUCAUCGAUGAUCAGCAUGCAAUCGUUUCCACGAAUGUGGGGAGUGAACAUUACGUAAAUAUUCUUUCAUUUGUUGAUAAGGAACAAUUGGAACCUGGUUGUGCCGUGUUACUGAAUCAUAAAACUCAUGCUGUGAUAGGAGUUCUGGCUGAUGAUACAGAUCCAAUGGUUUCUGUAAUGAAGUUGGAGAAAGCUCCGCAGGAAACAUACGCAGACGUUGGGGGAUUGGACCAACAAAUACAGGAGAUCAAAGAGUCUGUAGAAUUGCCGUUAACUCAUCCUGAAUAUUACGAAGAGAUGGGCAUUAAGCCGCCCAAAGGUGUUAUACUAUAUGGAUGUCCUGGUACGGGUAAAACUCUGUUAGCCAAAGCAGUUGCUAAUCAAACAUCUGCUACAUUUCUGCGUGUUGUUGGUUCAGAGCUUAUCCAAAAGUAUUUGGGUGAUGGGCCCAAAAUGGUGCGCGAACUUUUUCGAGUUGCUGAGGAGCACGCACCUUCAAUAGUAUUUAUUGAUGAAAUUGACGCAGUUGGUACGAAAAGAUACGAUUCUAAUUCCGGAGGAGAACGUGAAAUCCAGCGUACUAUGCUUGAAUUACUCAAUCAGCUAGAUGGUUUUGAUUCUCGUGGUGAUGUAAAAGUGCUGAUGGCGACAAAUCGCAUUGAUUCAUUAGAUCCCGCUUUAAUUAGGCCAGGUCGUAUUGACCGUAAAAUCGAAUUUCCAUUGCCGGAUGAAAAGACUAAACGUCGCAUUUUUCAAAUCCAUACAUCACGAAUGACGUUGGCUAACGAUGUUGAUCUUGAUGAAUUCAUUGCAGCCAAGGAUGAACUUAGUGGUGCAGAUAUUAAGGCAAUGUGUACAGAAGCAGGUUUGCUUGCGCUGCGUGAGCGUCGCAUGAGAGUAACGAUGGACGACUUCAAGAAAUCAAAAGAGAACGUGCUUUACCGCAAGAACGAAGGAGCUCCGGAAGCUUUGUACUUAUAAGAAGCUUGAUGUUGUGUUUUCUUUCUACGUGCAUCAUUAUACGUUAAGCUAAUCGAAGUGAAAUCGUUUUAGUUAUCAAAAAGAUCAAUAUUUUAAGGUUUUUAUUUGGAUGAGAAAAAAAUGAUAGGAAAUAAAUUAUCUUAUAAAAGCUUCAUUAAUACUUCAUCGUAAUUUCACCACCUCAUCUUCGAUUUCAAUAAAUUUCAUCUGUUUUUUACAUAUGAACUGACAGUGUUGGCAUAGGCAUUUGUGCAGCAGUUCGAGAGUAGGUCAUGCUUUGUUGUUUCGAGACUUUUAAAGAAAAAAAGAAGCAUUGGAUAAUGCGAGGGAUAGGAUGCGUGGGCAUUUUACUCAAAAAAAAAAAAAAAGAAUUGGAUUUUAGCUUUCUCACUGAAAUUCUAAUUGCAAUUGCUGUGGUUCUGCAGGAAAUCAAGAGAGAACUUGCUUUAUCUGUGCAGAUGGAAAUGACUGGAAUGAACACUAGUGUAUUAUGGAAAUUGAUGUUCUUGAUGUGUUUACCGAUAAGUUGUCAAAUGAACUGUUGCGUACCACUCAGUGGAUUGGAUUGACAUUUAAUAUGCAGUGGUUGAAAUAAGC